AGGGUGGGAUGUGGAGGAAAGGGUUACCUGCUGUCCGAUUCCAGUGUAACUCCAGUGCGUUGGUCAUUGAGGGAGGCGGAUGCCGUGUGACGAUAGUGGAAUGGGAAGGACUGUUUCAGCAGCGCUGGAGCUAUAGCCGCGUUGGAUAGCACUAGCUUUCAACUGAUUCUUGUUGUCAUCUCUCUCUCUCUCCGUGACAGAAGCUUUGCACAAUCUUUUUUUUUGGCUCGGACUGAGCGUUGCGUUUUACAGCAAAUCAUUAUUGCCUUUUCAGAAGAGAACCCUCGACUUUUCCACUUGCAAUCUCUGGCGAUUUGUGACAAAACCAAGCACUUGGGGAAAUUUCCACCCUGGACAGUUUGGAUACAGAUAAUUUUUUUCUGUGGCUUGGAGCAAAUUAAUUUUUUUGUUGGAUUAUAUAUCUAUUUUUUGGCUUGGAGUUUUUGCCUACACCCAGUUGCUGCUUGUGGCAGUGCCUCUAUAUAUAUAUAUAUUUUUGUGUGUGUGUGAGGCUCAGCUGGGUUUCGAACUUGCCAUGCGGCUGUGUGUGGUCUUCUGUCCGGCGAGGGGGGGCUUUGGCCCCGGUACGCGGCAGUUGACGGGCUUCUGCCCGGGCAGGUGGCUGAUGUUGCUAGCGCUCAGGUUACUUUUCCUUGUGCCCGCAGGAGAGCCGGUCGGCCGCAGUGAAAGCAACUUCCCCAAAGCAAUGGACAACGUGACAGUGAGACAGGGAGAAAACGCCGUUCUCAGGUGCUCUAUUGACAGUGGAGUGACACGAGUGGCAUGGUUGAAUCGCUCUAGCAUACUCUACGCAGGGAAGGAUAAGUGGUCGCUAGAUCCUCGGGUGGUUAUUGUGACUAACAGCCAAACAGAAUACAGCAUUCAGAUAGUGGGUGUGGAUGUGUAUGACGAAGGACCGUACACAUGCUCAGUUCAAACUCAGAACCAUCCCAGGACAUCGCGGGUGCACAUAAUCGUACAAGUUCCACCAAAAAUCGUCAACAUCUCCAGCAGCGUCUCUGUGAACGAGGGCAGCAAUGUGACUCUCAUGUGCUUGGCUAUUGGAAGGCCAGAACCCACCGUGACAUGGCGCCACCUUUCUCCACCAGUGGCUGCUGCCGGAAGGAGAGGCCCUGAGUCCCAGGAUCGCAGAGCGACCCAGGUCACAGUUCGAGAUUUUGUCGAAGAUGAGUAUUUUGAAAUCACAGGAAUCACGAAAAAACAGGCUGGAGAAUAUGAGUGCAGCGCAUACAAUGAGGUGUCAGUUGCUGAUGUACAAAAAGUAGAAGUAAUAGUGAACUACCCUCCAUACAUCCCCAAUACAAAGAAUGUUGGGGUAGCAGUUGGUCGGGAAGGCAUUCUCCAGUGUGAAGCUGCUGCUGUUCCACCACCAGACUUUGAAUGGUACAAAGAAGAACGAAGGCUUCUUAAUGGACUCAAUGGUAUUCAAAUUAAGAAAAAUGGGGACAGGUCCAUGCUUACAUUUUUUAAUGUCUCUGAAGAGGAUUAUGGAAACUACACCUGCGUGGCAGUGAACAAACUUGGCACCUCAAAUACAAGUGUCCUGCUCUUCGAAGUAAGUGAGCCUACGAGCUCGACCCAGAUUCAAGAAGAGAAAACUUCUACAGUUCUUGCAAAUUGGAAAGAUCGAGGAGCAGUGCUCGAUGGGAACAACAGUGCUUCUGGAGGAAUGACUGCUUCACUAUGGCUACUGGUGAUACUCUUCGUCCACUUCCUCUUCAAAUUUUGACGUGGCACGGCGCCAUUGAACAGCGCACUGCCUCUAACCCGAACAGAACAAAUAAACUUUAUCCUGCACAGGUUGUGCACAGGCUGUAAAACAUCGCGUAUAGGUUCUGUGCUGACAAGUAUUUGUUUUUGUGAGUCCAUACUGGUAUUUCCCCUCUGUUGGCUGCAGGGCGCUGGUGCAUAAUUGCUGUCAAAACUGUUAGUUCAGUUACUGUUGAUUUUCCAUUUUUUAAUCCUCCAUGUUUUAGCUGAUGUAGUGUUGACAUAUUUUAUGCUUUCAAUGAUGUUUAUUUAUGCAGGUACUCCUCAUCAACCUUUCCCUCACAUACGUAAAGCUGUCUGUGGUUUUACUGGGUGGAUGAUAUACUUUACCUGUAUACUAUUCGUAGGCUACCAGAUAAAUAAUGUAAUAUGCCUGUAGACCAUUGGCUAAUUAACAGGUGGAUUGUAGCCCAUUGGCUGGCUAAGCAAACAUCUAGCAGAUAAGCUGCACACUUAUAACUAAAGGGGCAGUUUUGCAUUAAAGUUUAAGGAUCUUUAUCUUAGAGCAAUUCUAUUCCAGAAGUAUUUCUCACUAACAUUUAGGCCCAUAUUGACUAUCGCCAUCAUAUAUAAAUUGUGGAAAACUAAUAAAAUUGUAUAUGUCAUGUACGUUAAAGUAAAUAUAUAACUCUUUAGUUUCCAUUUGAUUGUGUAUUAUGUGUGCACAUAACCAUAAUUCUGCACUUUGAGUCCAAUAUACUUAUAAGAUUUGCUGAAGGCUUUUCCUGUACUGCACUGGAACUGGGCCAAAAUUAACAACCGAUCACAAGAGAAAGAGAGGGCCAUUUGAAAUGCAUUCUGGGAAGGUCUUUUUAGCAAACUGUGUAUUUGGUGUCUCCUAGUUUAUAUGUUACUAGUUUCUGAAAAGGGAAGCCAUGUGAUUGCUUAAAGCUGCAGUAUCCCUUUUAUUUUGUUGGCAUGAUGCAUUUCUAUAAGAACAAAUUAAAUGUAUACAAUGGUACCCGUUAAAAACUA